AUGGGUGCCACUGAUCACAUCACUAGCGAGUUGAACAAGCUCCACAUCGCCAACAAGUACAAUGGACAAGAUCGGGUUCGCACUGCUGAAGGAACUGAAACCGAAGAUGAUGCUGCAGAACAUUCCCUGGACACGCUCGAUCCCAAGGCUGCACGGAAUCCCGAGGUGGAUUCUCCCGCCUCCGAUCUGGACGCUGGCGCCAGGCGGUCCCCGCCCGCACGCGCCAGCCACACGCCUGCGCCCACUGCUGGCUCGCCACUUGGCGCCGCGCCAGACGCGCCGGGCCGGUCCCCGCCGCGGUCCCCGCCAGCGUGUGGCCGGCACACGCCUCCGACCAGCCCUUCGUCGACACCUGGUGCUGGCAACCCUGCGCGCCGGUCCCCUCUGCUGGCCUCUCCUGCCAGCUCUGCUGGGGCAGAUCCUGCCUCCCCUGGAUCUUCUAUGGCUGCAGCAAGUGGGGGGCAAUCUGAUGCUAAUGGUGAUGAAAAUUCCAGCUCAAACUCCGACAACUCCGGCGAUACAAAUGCUGCUAAUGCUGCUGCACCACCACAACCUCCGCCUGCUGAACCUCGUACUCGUCUUCAGAAAGGUAUAAGGAAUCCUAAAAAGUAUACUGAUGGAACUGUUAGAUAUGGCAUGUUGUCUUCUACAGGUGAGCCAUGCACUCUUGUGGAAGCUCUCAAUGAUCCAAACUGGCAGCAAGCAAUGCAAGAAGAAUAUGAUGCUUUGAUUGAAAACAAGACAUGGCACCUUGUUCCUCCAAGCAGAAACAGAAAUUUAAUUGAUUGCAAAUGGGUAUAUCGUAUUAAGAAAAAAGGCAGAUGGUUCAAUUGA